AUGUAUUUGGAUCUGUUCAAAAGAGACACAACCUCGACAACAGGCGACUUCUACUCGAACCUGGAAAAAGUGACCCAGGUCCAGGUCUCCUCUGCAUCUGGCUCCACGUUCGUGGCCUCGAUCGCCGGCCAUUCCUCGUCCGCGUUUUCGGACAGUUCAAUCUACACAGACUCCUCCAGUGCGACCAGUGCGGCCAACUCGGUCCUGGGGGUGUCCCAGACCGCGUCUGGUUCUUCCGCUGCAUCUUUGGCCGCUAGUGCAUCAUCAACAGGCGCCGCCAAAGGCCUGUCCAGCUCGAAAUGGAGCUUUAUUAUGGCCUUCGCCGCGUUGUGUUCGUUCGCCAAGAAGUUCACCGUUGACUGCUCCGGCCCAACCGAGAACGGUGUUUUCGACCCAGCCUCCUACGUCAAGUACCUUGUCGAGCACAUCAAGGUUGACGGACACCUUGGUAACCUCGGUUCCGACAUCACUGUUUCGCAAGAGGGUGCCUCCAAGGUUGUUGUUGUGUCCACCACCAAGUUCUCCGGAAAGUACCUCAAGUACCUUUCCAAGAGAUACCUCAAGAAGAACCAGAUCAGAGACUGGAUCAGAUUCGUUUCUGUGAAGAAGAACGAGUACCAGCUGCAAUUCUACAGUGUUGCUGUUGGUGACGACGAGGAGGAGGAGUAA